AUGGUUUGUCCAUCACUGUCUUCUUCGUUUCCUCUUUUAACUUCUGUUGCUUUUAUCUGCCGUCAAUAUCCUCAUAUUGAAGCACUUGACCAUGUGACGCGUGAACUUGACGCGCUACUGGAUUAUUCCCAGCUCUGGACUUUAGAUUCAGCAUGUCAUGCUGGACUUGAGCAUCUCGUGGAGCGUAUCCUCGCUCGUGAUGCGAAUAAGAUCCAGCACAUGGACAAAUUACUGUGUCAGGCACUGGCCACGUCGGCUAUGGCAUCGGCUGCAGCCAGUGGUCACAUCUCUGUGCUACGUCGAUUGGCGACGACUUUUCCCCGUGCACGAGUAACUAAAGCAGUAGAAAUUGCGGCUAAGAAUGGCCAUGUGAGCGUAUUGCAAUGGUUAUAUGAUCAGCAUCAGAUUCAGAGACUGGAUGUGUUCUGGGGUGCACGGGAACUACUGCUGGCUGUCCGAAAUGGGCACUUGGAGGUGGCACAGUGGCUUAUACAACAUACGACACCACCGGAACAUCAAUUUCUAAUUGAUGAAGCUGCACGUAAUGGCGACUUGGUCAUGAUCCAGUGGCUGUACAGUAUCAGCACGUCAGAUGAGUGGACAGUCAAUGCAGUGGUCAAUGCAGCCGAGCACGGACAUCUUGAGACGGUGCAGUGGCUCACUGAGCAUUGCUUUGAUCAUCAAUGCCCAUCAAUUCGGAUGGACCAGGCAGCUGCAAAUGGAUUCUUGGAAAUGGUUCAGUGGCUACACGCAAACGAUGCACGCUGCACGACCAAUGCUAUAAACUUGGCAGCUGCAAAUGGACAUUUAGAGACGGUGAAAUGGCUGCAUGUGAAUCGAUUGGAAGGUUGCGAACGUGCUGCAAUAGACCAGGCUGCAGUCAAUGGCCACUUGGAAGUGGUGAAAUGGCUUCAUGCACAUCGAUCGGAAGGUUGUACUACUAUUGCAAUGAAUGGUGCUGCAAGAAGGGGCUUUUUUGACGUGGUCAAGUGGCUGCAUGCGAACCGCAGUGAAGGCUGUACUAACAAAGCAAUGGACAACUCGGCUAUGAAUGGACACCUUGAGAUUGUGCAGUGGCUGCACCAGCACAGAUCGGAAGGUUGUACUACCGCUGCAAUGAACCAGGCUGCUGCAAAUGGACAUCUAGAGACGGUCAAGUGGCUGCAUGAGCACCGAACGGAAGGAUGUGGGACUGCCGCAAUGGACGACGCUGCACUGAACGGUCAUUUGCAUAUGGUCAAAUGGCUACACGCUAAUCGAGAAGAAGGCUGCAGUACCGCGGCAAUGGACAACGCGGCCGCUUUUGGUCACAUGGAUGUCGUGCAGUGGUUAAACGAAAAUCGCCAGGAAGGGUGUACCACGAAUGCUAUGGACCGUGCUGCACGUCAAGGCAAGUUUGACAUGGUCAAGUGGCUCUACGUGCAUCGGAACGAAGGCUGCAGCUUGCUCGGAAUGAACAAUGCUGCUGGUGCAGGGAGACUCGAUAUCCUGCAAUGGUUGCAUACGACGUAUGGUCUCGGGUGCAACAACCAAGCAAUGGAGGCAGCCGCGUUCGGUGGUCACAUUGACAUUCUCGACUUUCUCGAACGCGAAGGACUCGCGUCGUGUACAGCAGACGUGUCAAUCAAAGCUGUGGCUGGAGGACACUUGGAAAUCCUGCAAUGGCUCUUCCAACACUACCCGGAACCUAUUCCGUCUGCACGCUUGCUACGCAUUGCCAAGCGUCACGACCUCUAUUGCGUUGACUGGCUUGUACGAACAGGCAAAGCUGUUGAUUAUGAGAUGGGGUGA